GAGAGAGAGAGGGUGUGCAGUCCUCUGCUGCGUCCUGGACUGUCUGCAGGGAGCAUCCAUGCGCAGAUUUAGACGCGUCUGCCCCUGGAGAUACUUCAUUUACUGACAGGAAUAGGAACUGUUUUAGUCUUUCCAGCUCUUAAAGUCUGCGUUUUUUUGCCCAGAUUAUACCGGACACUUUGAUUCAGAGCGCUGUUUUUGUCUGCAUAGAGCAUCCACGCGCCAAACGGACUCUUUUGGAUUCAGAGCGCAAAUCUGGACGGCUCUACUCCUGGAAAGUAUCCUGUAUUGAAGGGGGUCUGGGUUGGUUUUCGGCACCGUGUGCGUCCUGCGCUCUGAUUACAUCGGACACUUCAGUUUUGACUGCCGGACUGGAGCGAAAUCUCCUCUCAAACAAUUUUACCAUCCACUGCUACCUCAAAGAUCCUCUCAUGUGCAGGAUUUCAGCAUGAUCAAAAGUUUUAAUCUCAUCCCAGGACUCUUGAUUCUCCCCUCCUGACAUGAGCAGCCGCGCUGUCUGCUGCUCGUCGGCGCGUCUUUGUCAUUUUAAUGCCGCGCGUCUGCCUGAUUGUCGCUUUGCAUUUCAGUGCAGACGGAAAAACUGAGAACAUUUACCACCCACCGGAGUAAAAACAAACGAACUCCUAACGUGGAUCUUCUUGGAUUGUUUUGUUCUGCUUCUUCCUCUUUUUAAAGCCAAAUUUUCUCUUGAAGGAUGUUGCUCCUGUGCUCGAUCCCUCUCUCCUGGUCCACCUGUAGGUUUUUAUUCUGCUCUCUGCUGCUGCUCCUCUCUCCUCGGUCCUCCUCUCCGCUAAUUACAGGUACAGAGGCGAGCUGUGAGAAUGAGGGCGAGGUCCUCCACAUCCCCAACAUCACCGACAACCCAUGCAUCACCUGCGUGUGUCUGGAGGGAAAGGCCGACUGUAAACAGGAGAAAUGUCCGCUGGUCUCUGAGGAUUGUGCUCUGGUGGUGAAACAAACCGGAGCCUGCUGUGAGAGGUGUAAAGGCUGCAUGUUGGAUGGACGGUCUUACAACAGCUCCGUGUCCUGGACCAGCUCCACCAAACCCUGCAUGACCAGACGCUGUCAGGAAGGCGUCAUCACAGAGUCCGAGGUCCAGUGUGUCGUCCACUGCAAGAACCCAAAAAUUCACCCCAAGAAGUGCUGCCCCACCUGCCUUACUUGCAUCUUCGAGGGUCGUCUUUAUAAAGAGAAGGAGGAGUUCAGCCCUGAAGGCAAACCCUGCAUCAAAUGUACCUGCACUGGAGGGCGGACUCUUUGCAUGAGGGAGGUGUGUCCUGUCCUUUCAUGCCCCACCCACCUCAGCCACACCCCGCCUGGACAGUGCUGCCCCAGAUGCAUUGGUCAGAGGAAGGUCUUCGACUUGUCCUUGGGAAGCUGCUUGUUCCACAGCGAAGUUUACGAGAAUGGCAACUCUUUCAUUCAUGACAACUGCACCACCUGCACUUGCAAGGACUCCACGGUGGUGUGCAGGAGGCGCUGCUCUCGGCCGGGGUCUUGUCAAGGCGACCACUGCUGCCCUGAGUGUCUGUCUUAUGUGAAGGUGGAGGAGGUGAAGUACUGCAGAGUCCGGAACAAGAUCUACAGGGAAGGAGACAUGUGGUCCUCAGUCAACUGCACUCUCUGUGCCUGUGUUAAAGGAAACAUCGAGUGUCGACCUAAACAGUGUGUACCAAUCACCAGCUGCCCCUCAAAUAAGAUCCUGAACAGAACCGGCUGCUGUCCAGUCUGCACUGAAAAGCCGGGUGUUUGCACAGUCUUUGGAGACCCUCACUACAACACCUUCGAUGGGCGGACCUUUAACUUCCAGGGGACCUGUCAGUAUGUUCUGACUCGGGAUUGUGGCGGCACCCCCUUUGGAGGACCAGGGAACAACAUCAACCAUCCAGACUCCAGCUUCACGGUAUUGGUGAAGAAUGAUGCCCGGCGUACUCGAUCCUUCUCCUGGACUCAGUCUGUAGAGGUCAGACUUGGAGGUUUGAUCCUAAGUCUUCAUCAGCACCUCACGGUUCGGAGGAAUGGCACCCGCAUCGCCCUGCCCUACCACGGCACUGGGGUGCACAUAGACCUGGACGGAUACCUCCUCAAACUUACUACCAUUGCAGGUCUUGAAAUCACGUGGGACGGCGACAGCUUCGUCGAGGUAGUAGCCGCACCCCAUCUGCGCGGACGCCUCUGCGGUCUUUGUGGAAACUACAACGGCCACAAACGAGACGACACCAUGGGAGGGGAUGGUCAGUUCAAGUUUGACGUCGACGAGUUUGCCGAGUCGUGGCGAGUCGAGGGAAAUGAGGUUUGCUCACAGCAGCACCCGCCCCGCAGACCGACGUCCUUCCUGUGUCAUGGCAGCGUCAAAGUCAAAUUCAGAGCCCACCGAGAGUGCCAGAAGAUAAAGUCGUGGGAGUUUCAGAAGUGCCACCGUGUGGUUGACUUUGCUCCCUUUUACAGGUCAUGUGUGACGGAUAUGUGUGAGUGUCCGGUCCAUAAAAACUGCUACUGUGAGUCCUUCAUCGCCUACAGCCGAGCCUGUGAGAGGGAAGGAGUCCCUGUCAUCUGGAGGCCCGACACCGCCUGCAUGGCCACUCAGUGUAAACACGGCGCCGUGUACGACACCUGCGGACCGGGCUGCACCAAAACCUGCGACAACUGGAACGAAAUCGGGCCGUGUCACAAACCCUGCGUGGCUGGCUGCCACUGCCCCGCCAACCUGGUGCUGUUUCAGGGACGCUGCAUCAAACCCACAUCCUGCCCGGGACGGUGACCCUUGUGAUUCAGGUGGGAGGGGGGUGGAUUGACAGUUAGGGGCAACCAUUGCUAGUAUCAGAUUGAGGGGGCCAAGCAAGCCGAGAAGACUGUGGGAGGACGCUAAAGGGUCUCAAGCCAAGAGGUCAGAUAUGAGGAGGUACUCAGGGUCUGUAUCUACACAGGGGAAUGCUGCAGUGACUUCAGAGAACGGAGAUACAUCGUAAGGACGGGGCUGAUACUCGCCGCUGCCUCUUGUAAUACCAACCACCACCACUGGAGGUCUCAACUAGGAAGAGCUGAACUCAUGAGAGGAAACUCUGGAGAUUUUACAGCCUCCACCACCUGAGGAACGCUUGCCUGCUCUGCCAUGGACUAUCAGGAAAUUAGGAGGAGCCACUGGACUCCUGUUUGAGCCGAAAUGGCUCCAACAACUCUCAAAAACACUCAAAAGUGGGAAACUGAGCUCCUGCAUUUGGAAUACAGUGAUUCAAAGCAGAAAAGCUGCCCUCAUGAUCUCUAUUCCAUCAGUUCAUACUGUAAGCUAGCCAGAUUUAUAUGAAAGACAGACAGCCUUUAUAUUAUUAUUGUUCUAAUUAUUAUUAAUAUUAUUAUUUGUUGUUGAUGUUAAUUUAUAUAUCUGUCAAAUGAUGUCGUAGCAAGAGCCAGAAUCAUGGGUAUGAUAAAUGAUUUAAAGGGAAACAAAAGCUAUUUAUGUAUUUGUUGUGUACUUUUGUGUUACUGUUUGAAGAAAUGUGACUCUGUUGUUGCACCAUCGCAGGGAAAAAGUACUGUAUCGUGUUCUGCUCCGUGUACAGGUUGUUGUGGUUCGUAUCAAACUGAAGGUGUUCAUCUUAGCAUAUGUUUCACGUGAUGAUGAUUAUUUAAGACCAGCAAUAUAAUCUUUUAUCAAAGUUUAUCUCUGUUGUCUUUGCUCUCUGACUGUUAAAACUUUAAAAGUGCUGCCGGAGAAGGUUGCUGGUGAAAGUUGUGCAUUUCAAGGAACACUUACAGUUCAAUUAAAGCCAAGGUAAA